AUGAAAAUCGACGAACACUCACCGAGGGCCUCCAUCCAGGUGAACCGGCCGCUGUCGAUGAAGAAGGAGGAGAUCCGGCCGCGGAAGCGGAAGACGAAGAGCCACAACCCGGGGACGCCGAUGCAGGGGGGGUCGCUCCAGGGAGGGUCGAUCCAGGGGGGGUCGAUCCCGUCGACGCCCUCCAUGUCCAACUCCACGCCGUCGCCCAGAUACUCCAACUACUCGGCUCCUUCGAGCAUCGGAACCGACCGCGACAACUCUCACGACCAGUACAAUCCCGAGCAACGCCCUCACGACCGGUUCCCGUCCACAGAGGCCGGCACGUUCAAGACGGUGUCGUACCAGCUGCCACCGUUGGAGCCGAUGGUGGGCGGGGUGGAGAUGGGAAGGCCGCAGGAAGUCCUGGAAGGGGAAGGGCCGACGGAUUCGCCUGCGGAUGCUCAGGGGUCCAAUCCGCUUCCCAACGGACGGGGUGCUCGAGACAUCAGCGGACUCGCCGAUGGAGUCGUCCCAGAGCGGAGAACUCCAGGCUGCCGACGUCCCACGCGGCUUUCCGUGGCAUUCGUAGCCGGGGAAGAGGCGCUUCAGCUUCGGUUGACGACAUUUUUGGGGAUGCACCUCGUGUAUCUUGAAGGAAUCCAAUGCUCUCGUCUUGAGGUACUUUCCUGGCAAAGAGAAAUGCAGAGGCUGAGUCUCCAUGAACAAGUGAGACAAAAGGGAUUGGAACCUGCCCUGCUUUGGGUCUGUCCCUCUGGUGCCUUUAGCAACAUGAGAGAUUUCAGCAUUACUUUCUCCAGGAGUCAUGGCUAUGGUCUCCUCGGGAGAGAAUUGAGACAUCCUGCGCCUCCUUCCCGAUCCUCGGUUCUGAGCCACGGGGAUCUUCGAGGCGACUUCGGGUGUCAGAACCACGCGACGGCCCAGGAUCGAAGUAGGCGUGGACUUGAUAUGACCACUGCAUCACCAGCCUGCACCACCAGCUGCACCCUACGGGAAGGUGCAGCGUGGAGGUGCACGGUGGCCACCGCCCUCGGGGUGGUCGAUAUCACCACUUCGUCGCCGUUCCGCAUCACCAUCCGACUCUGGACUCCGGAAGCGACGUGGGGAUACCUUGGGAUGGCUUUCGUGCCUGGCUUCUUCUUCUCCUCGACAUCGAAAGUUGCAUCAAGAGCACCUCUGUUCAGAGAAGCAGCGGGUAGCAACGGGGUCGAAGCCUCGUCGUCCCUCUACGGAAUCGAGUCUCGGGAAGACGCUGUGAAGCUUGAGGACGAGUCUGAGGAUGCUGUCUUGGAGCCCGAGGAUGCCGAUUUUGAGCUAGAGUAG